AAGAAAUUGUACAAUUCCACUCCUGCUGAGCUCGAGGUCACCUUAGAAACCCUAACGGUUAGAAGGCAUUAUACUAGUACUGUGAGUUCACCAUUAGGACCUCUCUUUUGGAAGUGGAAUUGCUUUAUUGGACCUCUCUUUCUCCCAAUUAAUAUAGCAAUGAGAAUGGUUGGGCUGUGUGUAUUGGCAGUGACGCUGCUUGCAUACUGCUCUCUCCCAUCUACCCUGGCUCAGACGUGCCAGGAUGAACGCGCUGUGGCGUAUUUCAACGACAACGGCUUCCGUGGACGUGUGAUCAUCAGCAAAGACGCUGGUGAGCUCAGUUUCAACGCCAGCGGACUGCAGCUGGCCACGGGACAGUUCAGCCUGGCCAUACACGAACUGUCCGCGUUCGUCGGCACGUCCGAGUCGUCCUGCCAGGGUAUUGGUGCUGUCUACAACCCGACCAGUGCGCAAGCUGGUAUGGAGCUGGGCGGUCUCUCUACACUCCCAGCGUUGGCUAAUCAGGUGUUGAGCGUCACCACGGGACUCAACAUGAUCAACCCGUACGGUAUCAUCGGACGCACGCUAGUCAUCCAGUCCACCAGUGACGGAACGGCCACGAGCUGUGCAACCAUUCAGCAUGUCUACGCAACCAGCGGCAGUGUGUGCCCGGAGCCUGACCAGCACAACUACGAGGUGACGCACGUCGCUGCCUUCAACGGCGACAUCAGCGGCAGGGUGUUUCUGCGUCAGGCGAGUCGCGCCACGACGCAAGGAACGUUUCUUACCACGGUAUAUAGUCACCUGUACAGUACCCAGGGUAGAGCAGCUAGCACUGGUCAUCAGUGGGCUAUUCGCUCCGGCCUGUGCACAUCCCUGGGUAGCUUUGUGGCUAACCUGUCCGUCACAGCCGACGGACAAGUUCCCAUUUCUGCUGGGCCCAGCGGCUACGCCGGCAGACACGUCACUAGCCUAUGUCUGGACAGUCAGCUACCCACGGGUACGACAGAGAGGAGCUUGGCUGUCUACAAUGCCGACAGCAGCCUGUUGGCCUGCGCGCGUGUUCACCGUGUUCCUCACCGCAGCAUCAGGGCGACCUUCACUGGCGAUACUUCCGGAUACGUGGCGAUCAGCCAAGGUAGUCCGUUCACUGCUUCAUCGCUCAGAAUCAACUUGAUGUCGAAUACUGUCAGCAGCGUCGGCUCGACAAUCAACACUCUGCCGGUUCAGAGCGGGCAAGGUUCCAGCGCUGGCCAAGUGUUCAACCCUUUCAUGAGCCAGACCAAUGUGGUGGGACGGAUCGGUGACAAGCUCGGCAAUGCUACACAAGGGCAGGUGUGUGACAGAUACAGCACACUGAGAGGACUGAACAGCUUGGCUGGACGCUCAGCCACUAUCACGUAUAACAGCCAGCAGAGCAGCAUGAACCUGGAGGAGCAGCUUGCCAGCGGGGACCGUGUGCUGCGUGCCCGGGCCGACUUCAGCGGUGCCGUGACCGGUACCAUCUAUCUCGCCCAGGUAGCAAGGGAGGACGGCUCGCGUGGCGAGACUCUCAUUACCAGCUCGGGACUGACGAACGCCGCGCAGAGCAUGCAACACAAUAUGCACGUCCACGUCAACCGCAUCGGCUGGCAGAACGACGCAAGCGCAUGCGGUGGCCAGUUUACCGCCGGUCACUAUGAUCCGCACGGCGUAGCCAGGAACAGCACACUGUACAGUGCCGAGUGUGGACAAAUGUACCCGCACCGCUGCGAGGUGGGAGACACGUCCAGGAAAACGGGACAGUUCAACUUGGACGGCUCCGGCUUCGUCAGGCACGACGUCAAUCUGCCCCUGGACGGAAACUAUCGAGUGAUCGGACGGUCAUUCGUCAUCCACGCACCGAACGGCGGUGGGCCACGCGUUGCAUGCGCCAACAUCGUCCCAAUGACAGCCCGGACCUUCCAGCUGAGAUUUAACGUGUCGGCUCUCAACGGAGGCAACAUUGACCUUGCAGACAUUCGCAACAGGCUUCAGCAGAUCCUGAACGACAACGGUCCUAUCCAGGCUUCGAUCCAGCAGAACUACGUCGACGCCUACAACACAACCGAACUCGGCUACAUCCGUGGUGUUGUAGAUGGCGCUCAAGCUAACAGGGCCAUCGACUUGCUUGCGCAAUGCCAGAUGCUGGGACCUUACACCAGGCCCGACUGCCCAUCGUCGACGUCGGCAGCCACAUUGCCAACGGCAGCAGCCUCACUAGUUGCCCUGCUGAUUGCCACCACCACACUCCUAGGCUUGAUCUUCUAAAGUCACCACUCACGGAUACUCAAGUCAAGGUGCACACGUUGAAUGAGCGGCAUAGCAAGAAGCAGAUAAGGUGUGAAUAAUAUUCCCAAUGAGAAAGCCGGCUUCCAGAAAAAACAAUGUUGAAAAGAGUAAAUGAAAUGACAAUAACAAGGAGACAAAUUCAGCGUUGAUCUCGUAACACACAUUGGCUAUACUACCAUAUCCUCCUCAUUUCAUUCUGCUCAUAAUAUAAUGAUUUAUGAAACAGCACUGGCGUGAUAAAUAGUAUUUGUAACAAUA